CUCCCAUUUUUGGCCAACCAGACCCGACCACCGUUUGCCUUCCCGCCAAAUGGCCACUUCAGCCGAAGAUACCAGCGUUCUGGAAGAUGAGCUCACGUGCCCAGUGUGUUUGGACCUGUACCGGGACCCUCACCUGUUGCCGUGCGGUCAUAACUUCUGCCUGCAGUGCCUGCGUCGUCUGAAGGGCCGCUCCGAACGCGGCCGGUUCCGCUGCCCCGAGUGCCGACAGACGCACAGGUGCAGCGCGCCCACGCAAAAGAACUUCAAACUGGGCAACAUCGCUGAGGACUACCGCCGUAAAGGGGCCAAGGGACCAGCUCAGAACCACGAGCCCCCAAACAGGACUCUGUCCCAGGUCUGCUGUGACUACUGCCCCCCUCCAGACAUGGGCAACGCUGGAAAGGGCCCGGCGGGGGCUUCAGCUGCAUCAGGCUUGGCGGUGAAGACGUGUCUGAAAUGUGAGGUCUCCAUGUGUCCGGAGCACGUCCGGCCGCACCUGGAGCUCCCGGCGUUCCGGGAGCAUCCCCUGGUGGAGCCGUUGGGCGACAUGCGGAAAAGAAAGUGCCCGGAGCACGAUGAGAUGUUCCGCUACUACUGCAUGGAUGAGAGGAAGUGCCUCUGUAACGCCUGUACCAUUGAAGGGGCGCACGCUGGACACUCCAUCAAAACUCUGAGGAACACCAUGAAGGAUCUCAAGGCUUCCCUGGAAGGUCAACUGCACAAAGUGGAGAGGAAGAUAAGCCGGACAGAGGGAGUUCUGCAGCACCAAAAAAGGGAAGAGCGACGACAUGAGGAGUUUCUGGAGGAUGCGGAUCAGCGGAUCGUGGCUUUGGGUGAGGUGCUUAAGGUGCGACUGGAUGGAUUUCUCACAUCUUUGCGCGAGUGCCCUCGCUCUCCUGAGGUAGAGUGCGGUUCGGGUAUCCAACAGAACCUUACCUGGAUAACUCAAGACCAGGAUCGGCUACGGGAGGUCCACAGAGGAAUCCAGAACCUUCUGCAGGAAAAAGACCCGUUCCACUUUGUAAAGGAGUACCACUCUUCAGGGAAAAGGUUCCGUAGGUUGCUGAAAAAGCCUCUGUUCUUCCCUGAGUAUACUUUGGUUGACACUGACACACUCUCAGACAACAUGGAGGGGAAACUGGAGGAGUUUAUGACCGAGCUAAGACAGCAUGUGACCUCUGUCAUCGAGACGAUUUGUUCAUCAGAGGAGGAAGGCCGUGAGCUGUUGGAAGAGGAAGAAGAGGAUGAGGAGGAGGAUGAGGAUGAAGAAGACGAGGAUGACAACGACAGUGACGAGGAAGAGGAGGAGGCGGAGGAGGAGAUGAGGAGUGAGGAGGAGCUGGUUCAAAACCACAGCGAGUCUGGAGAUGAGCUUUACAGUCCAGAGGAGGAGGAUGAGGAGGAUGAUGAUGAAGAAGAGGAGGUCAUUCUGUCUGACUGAAAACAGAUUAGUCUAAGGCCUUGGAGAAGUGACUGUUAUAGAGUAAUUGAAUGUACGUGAAGUAAGCAUAGCUUACACGAGCCAAAAGACGGCUCACUGAAAUCACUGGAUACACUUCAGUUCUCUUUUGAAGUGGCUCAUAUGUAGAGAGCUGCACGGUGUUCUCUCUUGCACUUUGCCGUCGGUGCGAAUUCAAAACAAGUGUUUUAAAAAAAAAAAUCUCAGUGAAUGUGAAACAGUUUAUACAGUAAAGAAAUUCCACUGACUGUUUGAAGUCAGAAACCUCUCCAUCUCUCUCUCUCUCUCUCUCUCAUACUCUGUCGUCCCAGUUGUCUCUGUGUUCUAAUGCUGUGUACAGGUCUGUUGUAGGGACUAGGUUGUGCUGAAUUUUUCAGAGACUGCCAAAAUGACCCUUUUGAAGGAUUGAAUUGCUUUUCCAAGUAGUUUAUAUUGUAUUUGUUCCAGUUACCAGUGGUGUGUUCUCUGUGGUAACAGUUGUUUGGUGUGUGCAUCAGUACAUUACUUUGAGGAUCAAAUUAACACAUUUCCAAACCCCUUUUUUCUUUUUUUUUCGGUCUUAUCUGGGUACGGUCUGUUGAUGUUCGUUUACAACCAAGCAAUGACUAGAAAUGUAUUUUCAGGUGUGUUCAGGCAGUGGUAACUAAUGGUUUCAUGUUCUUUGAAUGAAGCUGCACUUAUCUAAGCAAAUACACAAUUAUAAACUAAAACACCAUACAUUUUAUGCUGUUUAUUAGAAAAGGGCAAUUUCUUAAGCAGUGAAACUUUGUACUUUGGGGAAAAUGCUAAGCUGGCCUACGUUCCAAUUCUUGGA